AUGUGGUGUCACUUGGUCAAACUGGUCUCUUGGGGCAUUUUUUCCUCUCUCUCAAUUCAGAAAGCAGUCGUGGAAGAUGGGGCUGUGAAGAAGACAGCAGAGGAAUCCAUGAUUUUUAAUCUAAGCAUUUCAGGAGCCCAAGAUCUAGGACCUUACAAAUGUAAAGUCAGCGAACCCAACUGCUCACGGUACAGUCAGGAGUUCACCUUCAGGUUCGCAGGUAGAGACGAUUCUCCUCUCUGGCUGCAGCUACUAUUUCCAGGGUUUUUACUGACGCUAAAAGCAAUAGCCCUGAUUGUGGUAUACUGGCUACUGAGAAAACAAAGCAAGUAA